GCCGCCGCCCUCUCGCUCCGCCGGCCCCGCCGUUAAUUUGUCCCAUGCGGCUCAUCGGAGCCGUCCCGAUGCGGCCGCUGCUCUCAGCGCGUGGCGGGAGCCUCCCCCGACCCCCCUCCCGCCUUAGUGGGAGCUCCCGGCCAUCCCGGAAGAGAGGAGCCGCCGGGCGCCGCCACUUCCGCUUCCCGGGACCGGAGCGGAGCCGCCACCAUGACCGCCACGCUGCGCCCGUACCUGAACGCGGUGCGCGCCACGCUGCAGGCUGCCCUGUGCCUGGAGAACUUCUCCUCGCAGGUCGUGGAGCGCCACAACAAGCCCGAGGUGGAAGUCAGGAGCAGCAAAGAGCUGCUGCUGCAGCCAGUGAUCAUCAGCAGGAAUGAGAAAGAGAAAGUUCUUAUUGAGGGAUCCAUUAACUCCGUUCGAGUCAGCAUUGCAGUGAAACAGGCUGAUGAGAUUGAGAAGAUCUUGUGCCAUAAAUUCAUGCGUUUUAUGAUGAUGCGGGCUGAGAACUUCUUCAUUCUGCGCAGGAAGCCCGUGGAGGGCUACGACAUCAGCUUUUUGAUCACAAACUUCCACACAGAGCAGAUGUACAAGCACAAGCUUGUCGACUUUGUGAUCCAUUUCAUGGAGGAGAUCGACAAGGAGAUCAGUGAGAUGAAGCUGUCUGUCAACGCCAGGGCUCGCAUUGUGGCAGAGGAGUUCCUCAAGAACUUUUGAGCCGUGGUGCUGGGCUCCCUGCUUCUCCCGCGUUCCUGCGCCGCUGCCCCGCGAGGCCGGCCGCAGCCCGGCCUCGCCGCCCGCGGAAGAGAGGAGCCGCCAGAUGCCACGGAGCCGUCCGCGGGGCGCGCGGCGCCGUCCCAGGGACGGGCGCGAGGAUUCGGUGUCCUGAAGCAAACCGUGCUUGUUAAGACUGUGUCAACUCCUCGGUCUCUGUCCUUUUUUUUUUUUUUUUCCCCCUCCAUUUCCCCCCACCCUUUUUUUUAAACAAUUCCUCCUUUGCUGUAA